AUGAAUGACCUUCCCGCUAGUCCAAACCAUGAAUUGUAUAGCAUCACCGAUGGCGUAGUUGUCAAUUGUGCUUAUGCUUUGGUUCAAGUUAUUGUCUGCUCUAGAGCAGAUAUCAAUGCACUGACGGGCCGCCAUUCAUCCCGCAGCCUCGCAAGAUUUGAAUCCUCCUCUGAUGCCAUAGAUGUCUUGGAUUUUGUCAGCAACCGGUCCAUGAUAGCCAGAAUUUUGUAUUAUUACAAUGCUAAGCUCAUGUCCCUCAUGUUCGAUGACCUCUCGCUCGGAUUAGAUAUGGAAGGAGUCAUAGCAGGCCGCGAAUAUGGCCGCUUGAUGGAUCAGCGAUUAGCCCCUGACAAAGAGUGGUUCUUCAGAGAUUACAGGGUUGAGAUGCUUGCCCUGGAAAGCUUGAAUUUGGAGGAAGUUGGCAUAUAUAAUGACUCAAGGGAUCCCAAGAUGUUCCGUGCAAACCUGCGCAUCAUUGAUGGGACUGUGAAUGGGUCAGAUAUUAGAGAUGCCAAAAUUCCCCGCAUGAUGGGCAGGCCAUUGGCAGGGCUCAUUGACAGCAGCACUAAGUCAUCUACUUUUGAAAAUGUGGGCAAGAUGAGUUCGCUGGUCACUAGCGCGCUUGGGCCAUUGGAGCCUUCGGCAAACCUGACUCCCAUAGAUCUUAUGUCUGCUGCUGCUUCGGAUGUUAGUGAGAGGAGUGAGAGUGAUGAGAGCAACGACCUACAGGUCAUUCUCGCGCAGGUGCCUUUGGUCUGCAGUGGAAUCGAGGAGAGCAAGAGCAGCAAUUAUAAACUGUUGCAUUUCUUCUUCCACAGCAUUAGAGGCUGGGUGGGAUACCAGCGGUUCGUUUUGGAGGAAAUUAUUCAUCUCCCAUGUUGA